CUCGGAUAGCUAAUCUAAACAAAGGGAUAGAAAACCCCCGUGAUGUCUCUCCGUCUGCGUGAGGGGGAAAGAGGGGGACAGACAACGUUCUCGAAAGGUUCUCGUGCUGCUGCUGCUGCUGCUGCUGCUGCUGCUGUUGCUGGAAACCGAAUACGCCGUAUGAGGCCGUGCAUUACCAGCAAGGUGAAAUUACCUGACGGGUGGGCUAUGAGGUCCCACCGGAACCGCAUUCGCAUUGAACCGUUCCUUCCACAACGAGAGGAGAGACAGAAAGUGAAGAGCGCCGACUUUCUAGGCAAGUACUAGAGGCUAUAUAGUAUAUGACUCCUCCUAUUCCUCCUCCCCAAUUCGGGUGACUUCCUUCCUCAUUGUACUCGUGGCACAAUCCCGGGCUCGUUCUAUCGUUACUCGACAUCUCUUCCCCGGUCGUCGUCUUCUUCUUCUUCCUCUGCUCUCUUCACUCUUUCUCCUGCCCAGUACUCCUCAUCCUUUUUUCUAUCCAUCUCUCCCUCGGCGGUG